GAUUGACAGGGAGACUGACCAAUCACAUCACUGAAUGCACCGUCGCCAUGUGUAUUUAUUGUCAUCUUCAAACCAUCACCUUUCGUUGUCUUACCGCUCAACGUUCCCGACUUUGACGACGAUCUCUCGGACAGGUGAGUUAGACAGGACGAACGCCAUGAGGGGAAAAAUGCUGUUUAUCGGUCUGUUGGUUCUGACGUCAUCAUGUCACGCUUGGUGGAACAAUCAUCAUAGUCAGCAUCAUCAACACACCAAUACUAACACGAAGACCGUGUCGGGAAGCAUUGGAGUUUACAGCGACAACAAAGGUGUGAUUGGUACCAACAAUGGAAACACCUUUCACGGCGGAUACGGCAGCUACAACUCGGAUGUGUUUUCUGUGAACACUGGGACUCAAAACAUGGGUUCUGAAACAAAACGAAAUGUGAAAGCAAAACAGGACAAGCUGAGGUAAGAGAACUGUCAUGACCGUUGGAUACAGCAGGACCACAAGGAAGUGACGGAAACGAUCUGAUCGUUGCCAAGCAACUAGUAAGGCUCCUGAACACCGUUUGGUCUUGAAGCAGGUCACGCAAGGUCGCCUCUACACCCAGACUGUCACGUGACUUGUGUUUGAAUACGAUCCUCGUCUGCUGCUGAAAAGGUCGUCAGCAAUAUCAACACCAUCUUCACACUCAGACGUGCUUGCUGCUUUCUACUGUCCUUAACCUGACCUAACGACCUCUCCUUGAACUCACAUGAUGACCUUAGCUUCUGGCCUUCAACAAUAAAAUGUUUCUUCUCUUUAAAAUUUC